GCAUGGGCUCGGUGAGAAGGGGCUGGCUGCUUUUCAUGCCAGGCUAGUGCAUGCUAUCUAUAGGAAACACGGCAAGGCUGUGAUGUUUGCUGCUGCUGCACGAACCACGGUUCUGUAUCAAAAGCAGCCUAUACCGGGCAUGGGCAGAUGAGCUAGAAGCACUGUAUAGAAUGUGCUGAAGGGAAUGGCUGAAGACUAAGGAAUUCAAGGCACUUGUACAGCAAACAAGCCAGCCUAUAUUGCAAAGUGUCUAUGAGAGGAGGCUCGGAUUCCCAGGGGAUGCUUUCUACUAGAGGGGACACCAGACACCCCUGGAUCAAUUGAAGAGCAACUUGCAGAGAGCUAAGUGAUUGCCUUCUCUCAAAAUCCUGUUCUGAACGUUGAAGAUGGAUUAUCCCAAAAUGGAUUAUUUUCUGGACGUUGAGUCUGCUCACAGACUCUUGGAUGUGGAGUCGGCACAGAGGUUCUUCUACAGUCAAGGAGCUCAAGCUCGCCGGGCGACCCUGCUCCUGCCUCCCACAUUAAUGGCGGCUUCUUCGGAGGAUGACAUAGACCGGCGGCCCAUCAGAAGAGUCCGCUCCAAGAGCGACACGCCAUAUCUCGCAGAGGCCAGGAUCUCCUUUAACCUGGGGGCAGCCGAGGAAGUGGAGAGGCUGGCUGCCAUGCGUUCCGACUCGCUGGUCCCAGGUACGCACACCCCACCCAUCCGGAGGAGGAGUAAGUUUGCCAACCUGGGGAGGAUUUUCAAGCCCUGGAAAUGGAGGAAGAAGAAAAGCGAAAAGUUCAAGCACACGUCAGCAGCUCUGGAAAGGAAGAUUUCGAUGAGGCAGAGCAGAGAGGAACUGAUCAAGCGAGGGGUCUUGAAGGAGAUCUACGAUAAAGAUGGAGAACUCUCCAUAUCAAAUGAAGAUGACUCCCUGGAGAACGGGCAGUCCCUGAGCUCCAGCCAACUCUCUUUGCCUGCUCUGUCGGAAAUGGAGCCUGUCCCGAUGCCCAGGGAUCCCUGCUCCUAUGAGGUGCUCCAAGCUUCAGACAUUAUGGAUGGACCAGUGUCUGAAGAGAGUCCCUCUGCCAGUGAGUCUGGAGUCCUCCUGUCCCAAGAUCCUUCAGCCAAACCAGUUCUGUUCCUGCCCCCCAAAAAAUCUGCCGCUUUCCCUGGAGACCAUGAGGAGACCCCAGUGAAACAGUUGUCCCUUCACAAGCAACCCCCGGCCCUGCCUCCCAAACCCACUGCCCGGAUUGCCAACCACUUAACAGAUCCUGGCGCCCCUGUGAAAUUGCCUUGUCUGCCAGUGAAACUGUCGCCUCCGCUACCUCCAAAGAAAGUCCUGAUCUGUAUGCCUGUAGGGGGGCCAGAGCUCACUCUGGCAUCCUACGCAGCCCAGAAGAGCAGCCAGCAGGCCGUGGCCCAGCACCACCACACUGUCCUACCAUCCCAGAUGCAGCACCAGCUGCAGUAUGGCAGCCACGGCCAGCAUCUCCCAUCCUCCACCGGCACCUUGCCCAUGCACCCCUCGGGCUGCAGGAUGAUCGAUGAGCUGAACAAGACGCUUGCUAUGACCAUGCAGAGGCUGGAAAGCUCUGAGCAACGAGUCCCCUGUUCCACUUCUUACCACAGUUCUGGUUUGCACUCAAGUGACGGCAUCACAAAAGCAGGACCCAUGGGCCUUCCGGAAAUAAGACAAGUGCCAACUGUUGUGAUUGAAUGUGAUGACAAUAAGGAAAAUGUGCCUCAUGAACCUGACUAUGAAGACUCGCCCGGCCUGUAUGGCCGGGAAGAGGAGGAAGAAGAGGAAGAUGAAGAUGAUGAUGCCUCUUUGUACACCAGCUCGCUGGCCAUGAAGGUCUGCAGGAAGGACUCCUUAGCCAUCAAACUCAGCAACAGGCCCUCUAAGCGAGAGCUAGAAGAAAAGAACAUCCUGCCCAGACAGACCGACGAGGAACGGCUAGAGCUCAGACAGCAGAUUGGCACCAAGCUCACCAGGCGGCUGAGCCAGAGACCAACUGCAGAGGAACUGGAGCAAAGGAACAUUCUGAAGCCUCGGAAUGAACAAGAAGAACAGGAGGAGAAGCGGGAAAUCAAGAGGAGGCUGACUCGCAAGCUCAGCCAAAGGCCCACGGUGGAAGAACUCCGGGAGAGGAAGAUCCUUAUCCGCUUCAGUGACUACGUGGAAGUGGCAGAUGCCCAAGACUAUGACCGGAGGGCAGACAAGCCAUGGACCCGCCUCACCGCUGCAGACAAAGCUGCCAUUCGGAAGGAACUCAAUGAGUUUAAAAGUACUGAAAUGGAAGUCCACGAGUUAAGUAGACACUUAACCAGGUUUCAUCGACCUUAACAGUGGGAUUACUCCUGAGUGCUCUGCUGUCUUCAAAACAUAAAUUUCUAAGAACCUUAAGUGCUGGCGUCUGUCCACUUCCCUGUUACCAUGUAAAUCCGAACUGCCUUUUUUUUUAAGAAAGAAAGAAAGAAAGAAAGAAAGAAAGAAAGAAAGAAAGAAAGAAAGAAAGAAAGAAAGAAAGAGAAAGAAAGAAAGGAAAGGAAAGAAAAAAGAAGAAGAAGAAACGAAAG